AUGUUGUUGAUUCCCACAGUUGAAGGAAUCCGCCUGUCCUGGGGCUUCCCCGGGAUCUGGUUGAGAGAAGAGCCGCUGACAUCGGACAUCACGUCCCUCCACUCACAGUUCCGGCUCAGCCGAGUGGACAUCAAGUCCUACGUGACAUCCUUCAUCCCGUACUCCAAAGGGAAAGGAUGUACCUACUCCACUGUCUCAUGUGACUACGCCGCCGCGGAAACGUGCUUCUCCAGCCAGCUGCGGUCCUGUGUCAUACGGACGGACAACCACGAGUGCGGGUUCUGUACCCGGUUUGCUGGAGACUGCAGCAAGCAAACACAAAACUGCAGUCUAUUGUACAAAGCUGACAGGUUCACCUAUACCGCCUUGGAGAUCCAGCUGGUCCUACAGCGUCGUCUGUCCUACCACCUGCUGCAGAUGUACAUCCCGUCAGGUGCCAUCGUCGUCAUGUCCUGGGUCUCCUUCUGGAUCGACCCGCGCUCCGUACCGGCUCGGGUCGGCCUCGGCAUCACCACCGUACUGACCAUGACUUCCCAGAGCACCCGCACCGCGCCCAUGCCGCAGGUGUCGUACGCACGCGCCGUGGACGUCUGGCUGGUGGCGUGCGAGCUGUUCACGUGUGGAGUUCUCCUGGAGUUCGCCAUCGUCAACUUCAUGCAGAGGCAGGAGCUGAAACGUGUGGCGAGAAUACGUUCUCUGGAGGUGAUGAAUUUGUAAAUACUGUGCAUCUAAAGCAAUGGUAGACGAAACUCAUUUUAUUUCCAAGUGUUCAUUUAGCCACACCGAAAGAACCACAUUGUAUAAAGAAACCAGUCACAAUUAUAUUCCCCAGCUGAACAGAAAGCCACUUUCCUCUUAAAAUCUCAAAACCCACAACUUGUAAAAAAAGUGGGAUUUGUCUUCCUCUGCUUCCAAAAAAAAAAGAAGUCAAACCCAACCUAUCUAGAUGUAGUCAACACUAGUAUUCCAGUAGACUCUUUGUAUGAUAAUAUUUAUAUAUAUCUGAUUUCAGUUCAUUGCUACUUGCAUGUCCCGGGCUUAUCUUGUUUCUACCAUGUUCUUACAAUCACCCUACGAGCAUUAGUCUGUUGAAAAUAUAAAGAUUUAACAGAGAUUUUGAAACUUACUCAGGUAGAAAACUGAUAGCAUGCUACAUAGCUUCAACUAUGGUUGCGCUCAAAUACUGCGAGUUUCUGCACGGAUUCUAGAUGUGAAGAUAGAACAAUAAAAAUCAAAUUACUUGACUUUUUUGUUUGCUCUACAGGGAGUGGAAGAUGGACAAAUGGAUUCGAAGGAAGGGGCUUAUGAGAAAACGCUACCAAAAGUUAGCAUCUCUACCAGAAUGGACUACACGUGUCGGUUGGCCUUUCCCACCUCAUUCCUCAUCUUCAACCUUCUGUACUGGCUGAUGUAUCUGAAUUCCAGAGACAUAUAGGGGAGGAUGUAAAACCUUCACAGCACCUCCCAAACAACUGGAUCAUCCAUGGCAUAGCAGGUUCCUGGACCGGAGCUUUAAUGACCGUUUCUUGCUAACUGUGGACAUAUUUCUGACUGCUACCAAGUUUUGAUUGCUCCAGGUAGAUGUGUGUAUCAUUACACGAAACCUUUUUUUUGAAAACUCAUUGUUGUACAGAAUGAGCCAAUACUACAUAGAGUCUAUAAUGUAAAGAUUGCACCACUAGAUAUCAAGAUUGACCUCAUAAUACUGUCUACAUUAUACUGAUGCUGCCAAGAAAAAAAUAAUGAUAGGGUUAAGCAUGGUAUGUCAUUA